CAAGGAUCCUGCCGGGGGGCAGGCGAGUCAGUGGGGGCAGGGCUCCUGGAAUCCGGAUCAGCAGGUCGAGCUGGAGGCCCUCCACCCCCAUGUCACCCGGAGAAAAACCGGACCCACUUCCCGACAACUUCAUCCUGCAGCCACCAGUUUUCCACCCGGUGGUUCCUUACGUGACGACAAUUUUCGGUGGCCUGCGUGCAGGCAAGAUGGUCACGCUCCAGGGAGUGGUCCCUCUCGACGCACGCAGGUUCCAGGUAGACUUCCAGUGCGGCUGCAGCGUGCAUCCCCGGCCGGACAUCGCCAUCCAUUUCAACCCUCGCUUCCACACCACCAAGCCCCACGUCAUCUGCAACACCCUGUACCUCGAGCGCUGGCAGGCCGAGGCCCGGUGGCCCCGCCUGGGCCUGCAGAGAGGAGCCAGCUUCCUCAUCCUCUUUCUCUUCGGAAAUGAGGAAAUGAAGGUGAGCGUGAACGGACAGCACUUUCUCCACUACCGCUACCGGCUCCCGCUGUCCCGUGUGGACACCCUGGGCAUAUUUGGUGACAUCUUGGUGGAGGCCGUUGGGUUCCUGAACAUCAGCCCAUUUGCAGAGGGCGGCAUUGAGUAUCCGGUCGGAUAUGAGGUGCCCUGCUCUCGGGCCCUUCCCAAGGGUCUCUGGCCGGGACAGGUGAUCGUACUGCGGGGGCUGGUCUUGCCAGAGCCAAAGGACCUCACGCUGAGCCUGCGGGACGAGGCGGCUCACGUUCCUGUGACGCUCAGGGCUUCCUUCGCAGACAGAACUCUGGCCUGGAUCGCGCCCUGGGGGUGCAAGAAGCUGAUCUCGGCCCCCUUCCUGUUCUACCCCCGGCGAUUUUUUGAGGUGCUGCUCCUGUGCCAGGAGGGAGGGCUGAAGCUGGCGCUCAACGGGCAGGGCCUGGGGGCCACCGGCGUGCACCGGCAGGUCCUGGAGCAGCUGCGGGAGCUCCGGAUCAGUGGCAGCGUCCAGCUCUACUGUGUCCACUGCUGAGGAGUGAGCCAGGGGCCCCGCCAGGGAAGAGAAGGACCCGCCCACGCCCGGCACCCCUCGAUGCGGCUCCGCUCUCCUCCCUUCGAUACGCUGUGCGCCUGUCACCCCCCUGCUUUCGGAGGCCCCAGCCUGGGAUUGGCACCCCCUGCGCGCACUCGCCUCUCAUCCACAAGCACUCGGUCCCGGGGCCACGCUGUGUGCAAGGAAGGCUAAAAAUGACUCUCCAGCGGGAUGGCCGUGUGCCCGGCCACGGUGCUACUGCUGUGAUUCCUGGUAUAUCUGGGGCGUUCCUGGUAUGUCUGUUUAUACCAUCUGAUUCUGUGGCCUCCACUUCCGGUGCUAUUUUUCCUUGUGUUUUCAGCUUGCCUGCUUGCUGUCGGGUUGAUGAAAUCUUUAUCACCCUCCCUACCUUUCUUGUCUUCUACUGGGUUGGAAGUUAUAACUGCAUUUACACUUCUGGUGGUUUUCCUUACUUUUUCUUUUUCUUUACUGUUUAUUUAUUUAUUU